ACAAAACUAUAAAUAAUAGGUAGCUCAUAUUUCCAAGGUAUUUCAUCAAAUUAAUAUAAUUAAGUAUUAAAAUAUGGUUUAACGGUUGCCUUUUUAUUCUAAAGGAAAAUUAUAAUGAAAUCGUUUUUCGUGAAAUCUUUAUUAGGUACCAUUAUCAGGUAAGAUUACUAAAAAAAAAAGAUUUGAUGCACGAGUUCUGUUUGUUGCCUAUAGUGAUAAACGUGUUUACGAUUUGAAACAAUUCAAAAUUUAAAAAAUUUACAACAAUUAUAUGGAAGACUGUCCAUUGGAUAAAGCACAAUUAGGAUAUCAUACCUGGAGUCUUCUUCACUCGAUGGUGGCGUACUAUCCAGAUGAUCCUUCUCACCAACAACGGAAAGAUAUGGAUAAUUUUUUUAGAUUAAUUGGCCGUCUUUAUCCUUGUGAAACAUGUGCACGAGAUUUCACCCUGCUUUUAACCAGUCAACCACCUGAAACAGAUUCUCAACAAUCCCUAUCGAAUUGGCUAUGCCGUGUACAUAACCACGUUAACCAAAAACUUGGUAAGCCAUUAUUUGAUUGUAACCUGGUUAACGAGCGUUGGAGGGAUGGGUGGAAGGACGGAAGCUGUCAAUAAAAAAAUGUAUACAUUUUUAUUACACUAUCACCUGUUAGGGUGUGUAAAAAUUGUUUAUUCAAUAUUGGUUAAUUAAUUGUUGCCAAACUGUAUCCAACAAUUUAAGAUAAAUUAUGUUACUUAAUGAUUAUGAUGACGUGAUCUCUAUAAGAAAGCAUUCGAUUAAAAUAAUAGACGCAAAAAUACUUUGCAAUGCAUUUGCAUACAAGAGAUAGAACGUAUAUACCUAUGAUGCAUCUGAAUAUUGAUCAAAGGAUGCAGGAAUAGUUUGGAAAAAUAAUUCGAAGCUUGAUCAAACCACAAUAUUUUGAAGACUUAAAUAAAAUUGUUCAAUGUUUUAAAAUUU